AUGGCUGCUGAGACAAAUUCGAGAGUAGGAGAAUUCUUGACUUCAGUUAAAAAUAGCAAAAAUUUAUCUGUAACUGUAGAAUCUAGCUCACACGUACUUCCUCCUCCAUCCCCCAGCCCACAAGACCGUAGUAACUCUAACUCUGCUCGAAUGAAACUCUUUGAAGCUACACACGACGCCUUAGUUGUAUACUGGGCAGGACAAGUUCCAGACGUCCAUAGGAGAAGGCCAGCAGUUGUGGAGUGGCACGAGGAGUGUGAACUAGCAAUUCCAACUCAUGGCAAUACAGCUGCCCUUAGCUUGACAGUGUAUCAUCGCAAUGCUCUUGGUCUUGAUGAGUUCUUGGGGCAGGUGCAGCUUCCUCUCUCAGAAUUCGAUGUGUACGAGAGACCCAGAAGCAGAUGGCAUCGUCUCAAGGGAAAACCAGAAAAAGACCGUAAGAAAGGGGAAAAGGAGAGAGGUGACCUGGAGAUUAAAGUGGCAUUCACUGUUAAAUCAGGAUCACUUCUAGAUGUCUCCAAGAAAGAGAAGAAUAAAUCAAUUACAUCACUUAAGAAUUUAGGUGGCAGUUUGAUGAGCUUGGGAAGCAAAGAAAGAGCAAAUCUGAAGAGUUUUGCCAAGUCUGUCAGUCAUAAAAUAGACAAAAUUGCACAAAAACCGGGGAGAAAGAAGGCUCGAAAAGGAAGUCGGGAUAGUCAAGGUUUCCCUCAAGAGCUUAUGCAGUCUGGUCAGCGUGCUGGUGAUGCUGAUCCUGGUGUAAUUUCCGACAGUGAAGAUGACUUUGGGUUUGAUGAAGAAGUUAGUGUAAACACUCGACCCCGUAGUCCCACAGCACGUGUCAAGGGGCUCUCAGUUCGCGAGGAUGAGGGCAUGCGUCAGAAUGGUACUGACCGCCGCCUUUCUGAUACCAGACCGCCACCAAAGCCAGCUCGUGUUGGGGGGAAUGUUGUGGAAGUGCCCUCAAUAGCCCUGGAGUCCCCCAUACCAACACCUUCUCCCAAACCCCCCUCCCCACUUGGUAAACAUGAAGAGCCCACAACACCAGUAGCGCUCUCCCCUAAUUCUCCGCUUACCUUUUCAAACCUCACUCCCAUCACCUUAAUUAUGCAUAAUGAUGGCCAUUCAUCACCUGAGAGUGCUUCUCCUGACUCUGCUAUGACAAUGUCACUCACUAGUAGUGUAAUGACUAAGGAUACUAAUUCUUUUGUUAGUUUAGAGUCAUCAUCUCCUGAACCGGCACCACUGACCAAGAAAAUUUACCAUGCACCUGUUGCUCUACAGGACACUCUUCCUUUGCCUUCUGAACCUUCACCCCCACACAAGAAAGCUUUCCCUAAACCCAUUACAGUGAGGGACCCUCCCUCUCCUGAUCCUUUACCCCUGCACAAAGCUUUCUCUGAAUCUGUUACAGUGAGGGACUCCUUUACUACUGAGCCUUUACCCCCACAUAAAGUUUUCCCUGAACCUAUUACAGUGAGGAGCCAUCCCACUCAUGAGCCUUCACCUUCACAAAAGAAAGUCUUCCCUGAAUUUAUGGUACAGAACCCUCCCUCUCAUGAGCCUUUGCCUUCACAAAAGAAAGUUUUCCCUGAAUUUGUGGUACAGAACCCCCCCUCUCCUGAACUUUCACCUUCACAUCAACAAGUUUUUCAUAACCCUGUUGCAGUGAAAAAUCCUACCACUCCUGAACCUUCACCCUUUGAAUCUGUUGUUAUUCAGGAUGCCUCCCCGCCUGAGGCUUCACCCCCACGGAAGAAAGUUUUUCCCCAAUCCAUUCUUGUAAGACCCUCUCCUGAACCUUCACCCCCACAUAAAGAAUCUAUUCAUAAUCCUUUUGUAGCAUGGGACCCUCCUAUUCCUGAGCCUUCACCUGUACAGAGGAAAGUUAUUCCUGAGCUCAUUACUAUACAGGAUUCUUCCAAUUCUGAGUCAUCACUCUUGUGGAAGAAAGAUGUCCCUGAACCUGCUGAUGUGCAGAAACCUUCCAUUCCUCAGCUAUCAGCCUCACUCAAGGUCACAUUACCUGAGCCUGUUGCUGUAGAAGAUAAUUCUGUCAAACCUUUAAGAUCCACUAGUAAUAGUGAUACAACUACUGCAUCAUCCUCAGCUUCUGUAAAGCCUGAUCAAUCACUAACCAUUUCCUCUACUAAAACUCACCUCUUAAGUACUUUAUCUACACCAAAAGCUCGUGAUAGGACAGUCUUUACCUCCUCUCCCAUCCUGGAAUCCAAGACUCACACAGGAUCUGCUUUAGGAGCUUUAGCUUCAGCUUCUGCUAAGAUUUCCCUAGUGGAUACUGAUCUUAGCAUUCAGCCUCCUGUCUCAUCUAAAUCUAAAAAGAAUAAACCUGAACUAACUCUUUCUGUAUCUAAAUCUCCAAGCAGUCACAGUGCCCUAGGUGAUGCUGAUCUUGGAAGUCAAUCUCCUGGCACACUUGAAUCUAAAAAGAAUAAAUUUGAACCAACACUUUCUGUACCUAGAACUCCAAGUAGUCACAAUGGGAUUGAUGUGUCAGUUUCAUCAACACCGAGUACUCCCAGUGCUUCUGUAUAUAGCUUUGGCUCUGGCUUUGUCACACCCUCUACCCCAUCCACGCCCAAGGACAGUAGUUCCAAUCCCUCCCCUGCCCCAACCUCCCACAAUUCUCGGGGGACCCCCGGGCUGGCUGAGCGGCCCAGUGCUGCUGUUGUACGUUCUGGUUCCCUCCAUGAGAAGCCCACCACCCAGCCCAUCAUUGAUGAGUGGGAAAGGAAACUGUAUGGGAGGAAUGCUAUGGUUGGAAGCAUGGAAAAUGUGAAUCAUAGUGAUAGCCGGUCUUCUCUCAACACCUCUCUCUCUAACAGUUCCCAGGAUGUCACCCGCAUUGAUGAACAUGGAUCCAGAUUUCCUGAAAUUAAAGCUUUGCGGCUAGAGAAAAAAUCUCGGGAGGAGGGUGAUGAUGGAGAUAACAAGAAACGUCGAGGCAAAGGGGCAGGUCUGAAGGCUAAAUUAUUUGGAAACAGUCGUGAACGCGUUGGUGAGGAAGAUGGGAGAGUUGUGGAAGGAGGUAAUGAUCGUUUGCCACACCCCCCCACACAUCAGUCGAGACUACCACAAGAAAUACAUAAUAAAUUUGCAGGAAAGUCUCGAGAGGAUUUAUUGGAAAUGAUUGUGAACCUACAAUCAAACUUGGAGAAAAGUGUACGCCACACACGAGAUCUAGAGGACUACAUUGAUGGCCUUCUCCUGCGUGUGAUGGAGACCACACCCCAGAUACUUCAAGCUCCAGUCACCAAGAACAAAAAACUUAAAGUGUUUGGUCCCCACUGAAUAUACUGAAAGAUUGAAUGGGAAGUAAAGCUGCCCUCUUCCAGACUUUGUCCUAUUGUCUUUGAUGAAAAGAUGGCCAUUUUUCACAAAGGUCCACAUGGUCUUCCAGGUUAGUUAGCAUAUCUGGUAAGAAUUAGUGAGACAGCUGUUAGUUAGUAACACCAGUGAUAUAGAAUAUUGCACUUCUCUUAGAAAGUUGCAUCAUAAGGAUGUUUAGUUUUAUUGGUUGUGAAGUAGUACUGUUAAAGAAGGGUUUAUAAUCACCUGUUAAUUAUAGAGCAAGAAAAAACCCACUUACUGAUAUUUCAUGAAAAAGUAGAAAGCUGUUGGUUGAUAGUUGUGAUGAAUAUUAGUAUAUAGUGGUCAGUUUUAGGAGUGUCCAGGAAGUGGAAUAUUAAAAAUACUAAAAUUGAAAGGCAUUGUGAUGUUUUAUUUAUUUGAGAAUUUGAAACAUUCCUGUAAGUGCUUUUAUUUAAAGGUGUUAUAAUUUUGGUGGAAUAUUGUAUAUAUUUAUGCAGUACAGGACUACAGUUCAGCUUGCACAUUAAAACAGCACUUUUACUAAAUGAGUGUUGCUGGGUAAAUUUAUUAAUUUUUAUAUAGCAAAUAUUUCUCCUGGUGUAAUAUAUUCAUUCCCAAGUAGGUAAGGCUAUACAAAAUACAAUACUGAAUAUAUAAGUACAGCCGUUAACAUCCUGCAGUCCAUUUAGUAGAUUAUUUUUGUGUCUUAAGGUAGAUUUCGAUUUUUUAUAUAUUCACUUGCUGGCUAUAUAAUGUAUUUUCUUAACACUGUAAAGUAGCUUUACUGUAUAUUUAUAUAAUGAAGCACAUCAAGACAGUUAUUUUAACAGGAGAAAGCAUAUACAAAUGAGACGCUUACCACUGGUUUUAAAAUACAUUAUAAUAUUUAUUGACUAAAAUAUUACAUAAACAUGUUAUAAAAAUAAUCAUUACAGAUUAUAGUAGAUAUUUUUUUUUUUUUUUUUUUUUU